AUGCCCCAGGCCUUCCCCAAGACCCCUGAGAUUGACCCCCAGAUCGCGCAGUUUCUAAACAAGUCAGGCUGGAAACCAAAAAAGGGCCUGGACUACUCCCUAAAGGGAUGCCAGGACAAAAUUUUGGAUACCGUGGGUCCUUUGUCGAAGCUGUAUGAGCUUCUGGAUGCCGCUAGAGCUGGCGACUCGGUCCUGGAUGUCGAUGUGGCCAGAGGAUGGGUCCAGCGGGCUAUUUGUCUUCUGGGGAAUGCGAAUACUGCUAUAUCAGCGGAGAAACAUAAAGCAAUUUUGCUAAAAAUCGACCCUAAGUUGGCUGCCAUGAAGGUGGCGGAGCCGAGUUCAUCCAACGAUAAGAUGUUAUUUGGUGAUACCUUCGUGAAGGACCUGGGGUCAUACGUUAAAACCUUCACGGCCAUUGAUAAAGCCCAGGCCAAUAUGAAGCGCAUGUUUGCAACUAAGAUUUUCGGAGGAGCCAGGCGUAGUAGGAGCCGUCCACCCGGCCGUGGAUUCCGAGGCUCAUUCCGAGCCAACAGAGGUUCCUUUUUCCCUUCCCAGGGCUUCCAGGAUCUGAGAGCUCUUCCCUUCUUCCCAGUUAGAGGGAGGUCAUGGGGUUACAGAUACCCCUGCACUUCGGGCAGCUGUCCUUAUG